AUGAAGAUCCAGAGUCGCUCAGAGUCGUCGCCAGAGGCCCUUCCGACGCGGCCCCUUGUGCCUUCCAAGUUCCGCGCUGCACCUUACAAUGUCUGGCCCCCUCAUCGCCCGUCGGAACACGGAGGUUCAAUAAUGCCGGCCCAUGACAUCGUGCCCGGCAGGUACCAAGGUAUCCACCCAACACAAGCACAGGUCGGCGGAAUCAUCCAGGAAAUGUGGCUCGACGGCACUUUGAGGACACCGAUGCUGGAGCUGUCUAGAGCUGCAAAGCUCCCCCCCACCAUCGCCAUGGCAGCGAAGGGCCACUCACUGCGCGAUCGCCAGAUCUCCGCCUUAAAGAAGCUCCUCAGCCUGAACGACUCCUACACCGAGAACGAUACCGAGAACACGCAAAGCAACGGUGGCGCACUUGGACCGACGGGCGCAAUCAUUACGUCGGAUGGCGAACCCCUGUGGAAGGUCCUCGUUUUCGACGACCUCGGCCGCGAUGUCAUCAGCAGUGUUCUCCGAGUCAGCGAUCUACGAGGGCACAUUGGAGCAUCCAGGCAUGCUAUCCCCGACGUACCAGUCAUCUACCUCCUCGAACCUACGGCGCAGAACCUCCAACACAUUACCAACGACCUCCAAAAGGGACUUUACACUCCCGCAUACCUGAACUUCUUAUCCUCCAUACCUCGACCGCUGCUCGAAGACUUUGCGGAGCAGACGAUAACCGCCGGCACAUCGGACAACAUUGCCAGACUAAUGGAUCAGUAUCUGAACUUUAUCGUUGCCGAGCCGGAUCUUUUCAAUCUGGGUAUGCAACGAGACCACACAUACUGGGCUCUGAACAGCGCAACAACGAACGACGAAGAGCUGGACAGGGUUGUGGACAGGAUUAUUAGCGGCCUUUUCAGCGUCAUCGUCACCAUGGGUGUCAUCCCCAUUAUUCGAUGCCCGAAGGGCGCUGCCGCGGAAAUGAUCUCUGCUAAGCUGGACCGGAAGCUCCGCGAUCAUAUUCUCAAUUCCAAAGAAAACCUCUUCUCUUCAAGUGCCCGCCCAGCGUCGGCAGGAACGCCACAGUCACGCCCUGUCCUUAUCAUUCUCGACCGAAACGUCGAUUUAAUACCCAUGCUAUCCCAUUCUUGGACCUACCAAUCACUGGUCCACGAUGUUUUGAAUAUGAAGUUGAACCGAAUCACGAUAGAGACGCCCAUAGACGAGAACAACCCUGCCAAGGGAAAUACCAAGAAGGCCUACGACUUGACAGCGAGCGAUUUCUUCUGGGCCAAGAACGCAGCUGUGCCGUUCCCUCAAGUAGCGGAGGACAUCGACGCUGAAUUGACAAGAUACAAGGAGGACGCGGCAGCAGUCACCAAGAAGACGGGAGUGACAGACCUGGAGGACCUGCAGAAUGAUACCAGCGCCAGCGCGCAACACCUGAAGGCGGCCAUCACCCUCCUACCAGAACUACGCGAGCGCAAGGCUGUGCUCGACAUGCACAUGAACAUCUUGGCAGCGCUAUUGACGGGCAUCAAGAACCGCCAACUCGACAACUUCUUCCAAGUCGAAGAGGGCGCCGCGAAGCAGACCAAGGCUCAAAUCCUGGAGCUCAUCAAGGACACCGCAAAGGGUGACGAGCCCAUUGACAAGCUGAGACUAUUCGUCAUUUGGUACCUCAGCACCGAACAAGACGUCAGCCGAGCGGAAUGGGAAGGCUUCGAGAAAGCUCUCACAGAGUGCGGCGCAGACACGACCUCUCUCCCCUAUAUCCGACAAGUCCGCGCCACCACCAAGAUGACCCAGCUCACCACAAUCUCCAACCCGACGAUGAACCAGGCCGGCUCCUCUGACAUCUUUGGCCGCUUCUCCUCCAUCUCCAACCGCCUCACCGACCGCCUCAAGGAGAGCGGCGUCCCCACCGGCCUCUCCUCCAACUUUGAGUCCCUCAUCGGCGGCAUCAAGAACUUCUUGCCCGCCAACCGCGACCUGACCAUCACCAAGAUUGUCGAGUCCAUCAUGGACCCCUCCACCGCCGCGAGCUCCGCCAUCGCAAAGACGGAAAACUAUCUCUACUUUGACCCCCGCUCCGCCAACGCCCGCGGCACCAUGCCCCCACCCAGCGCCAUCCGUGCCGGCGCCGGCGGCGCUGGCUCCUCUGCGCCGGGCGGUCUUCCCGGCCAGGCUACCGCCGGUACGGGCGCCAGCUUCGGUCAGCGUCGCCAGGGCUUCUCCGAGGCCGUCGUCUUCACCGUCGGCGGCGGCAGCAUGGACGAGUACGGGAAUCUGCAGGAGUGGGUCGAGCGGACGGGCGGCGACCGCGCGAGGAGGAGGGUGGUCUAUGGCAGCACAGAGAUUCUCAACGCCGACGAGUUUAUCAAGCAGGAGCUCGAGAGGCUCGGUAAGGAGGUGGCCUCGUAG